CUCUCACAGGCUCUGUGGGGUGGUGCAGCCUUGAUGACCCCACACUCACCCCCAUUCUCUCUCCCCAUUUCCUGGGGGUGUCCAGGGAAGACAAUCAGCAUCAUCCUGCUCCAGUGACAAAGUCUCCAAGGACUCUCCUGGACUCCUUCUCCCCAGACCCCUGGAUGGGGGCGUGAUGCCCCUCACCCUCCUGCUGCUGCUCUGGGGGCCCCUGACCCUGAUGGAGACCCGGGCGGGCUCCCACUCCCUGAGGUGUUUCUACACGGCGAUGUCCCGGCCCGGCCUCGGGGAGCCCCGCUUCAUCGCCGUGGGCUACGUGGACGACACGCAGUUCGGGCGGUUCGACAGCGACUCCCCGGGCCAGAGUGUGGAGCCGCGGGCGCCCUGGGCGGGGCAGGUGCGGCAGGAGGACCUGGACGAGGAGACUCAGAUCCAAAGGUACAACACUCAGUUGUUCCAAGCGCUCCUGAAGGACCUGCGCGGCCGCUACAACCAGAGCGAGGACGUGUCUCACACCCUCCAGAGCAUGUGUGGCUGUGAAGUGGGGCCAGACCUGCGUCUCCUCGGCGGGUAUGAAAAGUUCGCCUAUGACGGCGCGGAUUUCAUCUCCCUGAGCGAGGACCUGCGCUCCUGGACCCCCGCGGACUCGGUGGCUCAGAUCACCCAGAGCGAGUGGGAGGCAUCGGGGAGGGCCGAGCGCGUCAGGAACAGUAUACAGAGCAGGUGCUUCCAGUGGCUCCUCAGAUUCCUGAUUUUGGGGAAGGAGGUGCUGCAGCGCACAGAUCCCCCAAAGACACACAUGACCCACCACCCCACCUCUGAGCAUGAGGUCACCCUGAGGUGCUGGGCCCUGGGCUUCUACCCUGCGGACAUCACCCUGACCUGGCAGCAAGAUGGGGAGAAUCUGACCCAGGCCAUGGAGCUGGUGAAGACCAGGCCUGGGGGGGAUGGAACUUUCCAGAAGUGGGCGGCUGUGGUGGUGCCUUCUGGAGAGGAGCAGAGAUACACAUGCCACGUGCAACAUGAGGGGCUACUGGAGUCCCGAGUCCUGAGAUGGGUGCCCCCUCCUCAGCCCACCGUCCCUACCAACUCCACCAACUCCACCGGAGGCCUCAUUGCUGGCCUGGUUCUCCUUGGAGCUGUGCUCACUGGAGCUGCGGUGGCUGCAGCUGUGAGGUGGUGGAGGAAGCGCUCAGGGGUACAAGCAAUCAGCGACACUCAGGGUGCAGGUGUGCCAGAGUAACUCUGUGACAGUCAAGAUCAUGAUAACAAUGAGCUGUCAGAAGAGGAUUCUAUGUCCCUUGAAGUAUCUUUCAAA